AUGAAGGGAGGAAUUGCCGCCGCUGCCGUUGCGGCCAUGGCCACUGGUGCCCAAGCUGCUUACCCUCACCACCGACGUGCUCAUGAGUUGUUCCGUCGCGGUGGAGAGGUCUGCGUUCCCAGCUGCACCACCAUCUGGACCACUUACUAUGGCGAGCCUACUCUUGUUCCCAACCCCCCUUCCCCUCCCAAGCCCACCGCUCAGGCCGUCACUACUCAUGAGGCUCCUAAGCCCAAGCCUACCACUGCUUAUGAGGUUCCUACCUACGAGGCUCCCAAGCCUGUUGCUCCCACCACCACCAAGGUCGUUGUCCCCAUCCCGACCCCUCAGGAGUACAAGUGCCCUACUCCCGGCACUUACACCUUCCCUGCCACCACCAUGACUGUGACCGAGUCUACCACCGUUUGUGUUGGCGAGACCACCAAGGUUCCUGCUGGAACUCACACCAUGGGCGGUGUCACCACCAUCGUCGAGACUGCCACCACCGUCACUUGCCCCUACGCCAAGGAGACCGAGCACGAGGGCGUCGUUACCAGCGUUAUCGAGACUACCACCUAUGUCUGCCCCUCCGCUGGUACCUACACCAUUGCUCCCAUCACCAAGACCUGUGAGGAGGAGACCGUUAUCGUCUACCCCGUCCCCACCAGCUACGUCCCUGGUACCUACACUGCUCCUGAGCAAGUCGUCACCGUCACUGAGACCGACUACGUUUACGUCUGCCCCUACUCUCAGUCCGGUGUUCCUGCCACCACCAAGGUUCCUGAGGCCUCUAAGCCUCAGCCUCCCAAGGAGACCAAGCCCGUCUACGAGGCCCCUAAGCCUUCGCCCGAGACCACCGAGAAGGUGAAGCCUACCAAGCCCGUCUACGAUCUUCCCAGCAUUGUCCCUGAGGUCCCCAAGCCCUCGAAGCCUGUUUACUCUGCCCCUGAGACCCCCGCCUACACCGAGCCCGCUGUCGAGACCUCCGAGGCCCCUAAGCCCAAGCCUAAGCCCUCGCCUCCCAAGAAGCCCUCCACCCCUGGUAACCUGAAGGGUGGAAACGAUCACUACGGUAUCACUUACACUCCUUACGAGUCCUCCACCGGCAAGUGCAAGUCUGGUGACCAGGUUGACAAGGAUAUUGCUGCCCUCAAGGGUGCUGGUUUCCAGAUCAUCCGCUCCUACUCCACCGACUGUGACACCCUCGAGACUGUUGCCCCUGCUUGCAAGAAGUACGGAAUUGAGAUGAUUGUUGGCGUCUUCGUCAAGGCCUCCGGCUGCACCUACGAGACCCCCGAGAUCAAGGAGCAGGUCGACGCUCUCGCCAAGUGGGCCCAGUGGGAUCAGGUUAAGCUCUUCACUGUUGGUAACGAGGCUAUCAUGAACAACUUCUGCUCUCCCCAGGAGCUCGCCGACCUCAUCAGUGUCGUCAAGGAGAAGUGUUCCGGUUACACUGGUCCUUACACCAUCGCCGAGACCCUCAACAUCUGGCAGCGAGAGGACGUCAAGGAAGCCAUCUGCGGUUGUGUUGAUGUCACCGGUGCCAACAUUCACCCCUACUUCAACUCCGAGGUCACUCCCGCCAACGCUGGUGAGUUUGUCCAGGGUCAGCUUGACCUCCUCGCCGAUAUCUGCAAGGGCAAUGAUGUCAUCAACCUGGAGUGUGGCUGGCCUUCUGCUGGCGAGUGCAACGGCUCUGCUUGCCCCGGUAAGAAGGAGCAGGCCGAGGCUAUCAAGUCCAUCCGCAAGACCUGUGGUGACAAGACCGUCUUCUUUUCUUACGAGGAUGAUCUCUGGAAGGAGCCCGGUAGCUGCAACUGUGAGCGAAGCUGGGGUUGCAAGUCUGCCUUCAUCGGUGGCUACUAA